CAGGAUUUGAGAGAUUGCAUCACCUGCGCGUGCGUUCUCCACUUUUCGUGGAUUAUCUGAUACCGCUAGAUAUCCACCAACCACCAUAAGUUUCGCUGCCGUAAACAUUUAUAUCUGUUAUCGGCCGAACCCUUCGUCUUCCUAAUCAAAUCAUGCACAAUCACUAUUCAGCUCAUCUCAGGUACUUUUCAAGGGCAGGUAUCUAAAUUUUUCGAAAUCCCUGUGUGUGGAGCGGCUUUCGAUAUUCUACGUUCCACAGGCUUUUGGGCAAGCUGGUUCCAGUUUUCAGUCGGGCUUCCUUACGGUACCAGGAAAAAAAGUUGACCUCAUGCGUAUUUGGAAGAUCUCUUUGUUAUCUAUAUAAACGACCACUCGUCAUCUCCUUUUCACCUCCUUUUUGUAUCUAUCACGAAAAAUCCGCCUGCGCCACGCUAUCACCAUGUCCCGACCAUCCGUGGACGCUCCCUCUGUCGUUAGCGCAAUCAACCAGCGACCUGCCUUCGAGCGUGUUGCUACCGACCACAAAGACGCCAAACCUGAUCCCACAGAUCUCGAAAUCAACCAUUUGCACCAAGAUGAUGACAAGUCCAGUAUCGAGAUUGAGCAGAGUGCCGGUGUUACCAAGAUCGAAGCCUUGUACCUCGUCUUCGGUAACGGUUGGAAGCUCUGGACCCUUUGGGGUUCCAUUGCUUUGAUCUCCAUUGCCUACGGUCUCUCUCAAAUGACUACUUAUUACUACACUGCUUUCGCUACCUCUGCUUUCGGGGAGCACACCGUUCUCGGUACAAUUAGUGUUAUUACCGGUAUCAUGGCUGGUGUGGCUAAGCCUUUUCUUGCCAAGUUGGCCGAUCUCUUCUCCCGUCCUUGGGCUCUCGCUCUUUCCGUCCUAUUCUACACCAUUGGUUACAUCGUCGUUGCUGCUUCUAAGAGCGUUGCCGAUGUCGCCGGGGGUGAAGUUAUUUACACCAUUGGUAACACUGGCCUCGACUUUAUCACCUCCAUCCUCUUGGCCGACAUCACUUCCUUGCAAUGGCGUGGUUUAGUCAUUGGUCUCUAUUCCUUGCCUUUUAUCCCCUUCGCCUUCGUUGCUGGUAACAUUGCUGACGGUAUCAAUGCCUACUCUGCUAACGGUUGGCGAUGGGGUUACGGCAUGUUCUGUAUCAUGAUUCCCUGUGUCGUUAUCCCCGCCAUCCUUGUUCUCUUUUGGGCCGACUGGAGAGCUAAGAAGAUCGGUGCCCUCUCUCUUGCUUCCUCUACCUACGCUCGAGAGAAGCUUCUUGCCGGUCAGACCGUUGAGAAACGACCCUUCAUCGCUACUUGCCUCUACUAUGCUCGACGAAUUGAUGCGGUUGGUCUCCUUCUCAUGGGUUUCGCUUUCGGCUGUAUCCUUUCUCCUUUCACUCUUUACACCACCGCUAAGGGCGGCUACAAGAACCCUUCCCUUAUUGCUCUCCUCGUCGUUGGUGGCGUUUUGUUCAUUUCCUUCUGCCUUUGGGAAUGGAAGGUGGCUUCUCACCCCAUCAUGCCUAAGCGUGUUUUCAACCGAACUUUCGUCUGCUGUUUGCUUAUCGACUGGAAUUAUUAUCUUUCUGGUUACCUUUCCGAUACCUACUGGUCCUCUUGGCUCUAUGUUGUUAAGGAUUACAACGACAAAGACUACACCUACAUCAUGAACAUUCUGACCGUUGGUCUCUGUUUCUUUUCCGUCUUGGCCGGUUUGGUCCAGCGAUACACCCACAGGUUCAAAUACCUCCAGCUUUCUGGUCUUGCCAUCCGAAUCAUUGGUAUGGGUCUGAACUACCUUUCCGUUAACGGCAACAUGAGCGACGGUGUCAUUGUCAUGUCCCGAGUCCUCAUUUCUAUCGGUGGUGGUAUCAGCGUUACUUCCUCCCAAGUUGCUUGUCAAGGUUCUGUCGCCCACCAGGACAUGGCCCUCGCCAUGGCUAUCCUCGCCCUUUGGACUUCUAUUGGCGGUGCUAUCGGGUCUGCCAUCUCUGCUUCUGUGUGGAACAGACGAGUCCCCGAGGCUCUCACCAAGUACCUUGGCUCUACUCACAAUUCUACUGAGAUUGCCGAGAUCUUUGGCUCCAUCGUUAUCGCCCGUACCACCGAGCCUCGAGACUUGGUCAUCACUGGUAAGACCAGUGAUCUUCUCUUUCUUACUCCUGCCUUUACUAAUUUUUUUUUAGCUUACAACGAGGCUAUCAAGCCUCUUUACCUCGCCGCUCUUAUCAUGUCCAUGCUUUCUCUCGCUUUCGGUAUCUUUACCUAUGACAUUCAUCUUGGCAAGAACCAUAAUGCUAUUGAGAAGCGUGAGACUGCCAUCAGAUCUGAGGAUGAGGUCCGCCCCGAGGUUAUCGCUGCCAAGGCCAGGGAGGUUGAGGAGAAGAUUGCUGCUGAAGUGUUGCGCAAGGAACAGUUGCAAGCUCAGGUUGAGCGGACUAAUGUCAAAGCUGGGGAGGAAUAGAAAAUGUAGUAUCUGUAUAGGGUAUUUGGUGGUCCGGUGACGAAGGGAGAUUAGCUUCGGUUACUUAUAGACUUUUUCCUUUUUUACAUUUAUAAUGACUGCAAUGUAUGAAGUGCG